CUGGGCUGCCUCUGCAGCCGGGGCCAACUCUGGGCCCGUGUCCACUCGCUCUGUGCGUCCUGGGCCUCAGUCCACUCUGGGCACCAAGAGACUGCUGACCCCAUCACAGGUUCACACCCCCCGUCCAGGAUGGGGAACCACGCAGGCAAGCACGAGCCCAGGUUCGAGAAGGGCAGCAAGGCUGGAGCCGCAAGCCGAGCAGACGGGGACAGCAGCAGGCACGCCCUCGCCCGUGAUGCCUCAGAAGACAGCGACGUGUUCGGGGAGGCAGAUGCGGCCGGGAACAAUGGACCCCCGUCCCAGGGCGCCGCCGCGGCUGGCUCGAGGCGCUCAGCGGGCCCCAAGAAUGCCUGGCCGCGUGCCAGCCCAGCUGAGCCGGGGGGCCGCCCCCACCUGACCCGCCUCUUCUCCCGAGACGCCCCGGGCCGCGAGGACAACACCUUCAAAGAGCGGCCCUCGGAGUCGGACGAGCCGCAGAGCGUCCCCGCGGGCAGCGCCAUGGCUCAGAAGAGACCGUCGCAGCGCCACGGCUCCAAGUACCUGGCCUCGGCCAGCACCAUGGACCACGUCCGCCACGGCUUCCUGCCGCGCCGCCGGGACACCGGCCUCCUGGACUCGCUGGGCCGCCUGCUGGGCGGGGGCCGGCCCGGGCCCAAGCGCGGCUCCGGCAAGGUGCCCCGGCCAAGGCCGCGCCCGAGCUCCCUGCCCGGCCCAGCGUGCCGCCCAGACGGCCUGUGUGCCGUGUUCAAGGACACCCAUCACGCGACCAGAACCACCCACUACGGCUCCCUGCCCCAGAAAUCCCAGCACGGCCGGGCCCAGGAUGAGAACCCCGUCAUCCAGUUCUUCAAGAACAUUGUGACCCCGCGGACGCCCCCUCCGUCCCAGGGCAAGGGCAGAGGACUGUCCCUCAGCAGAUUCAGCUGGGGCGCCGAGGGCCAGAAGCCGGGAUUCGGCUACGGAGGCCGCGCGUCGGCACACAAGGGCUUCCGGGCCCACGAUGCCCAGAGCACUCUCUCCAGAAUCUUCAAGCUGGGAGGAAGAGACAGUCGCUCGGGGUCCCCCAUGGCUCGACGCUGAGGACCGCCCCGACCCCCGCUUGUUAAGCCCCCGCAGCCCCUAACUUCCCC